GAGGGAGGGGGUGGUCUCAUUACCAUAUACAGCAAUCCUACUAAUGCGAUUAUACGCAAUGUACGCCCUUGACAAGAGGAUCUUGAGCUUGAUGCUUGUGGGUUUUGUACUCAGCAUAGCAAGUCAAGGAGCAGUGGUGGGCGUCGCAUUUAAGGAUGUUAGAGGUGAGUUUGGAAUAAACUCUCCUCUUGUGCAAUCUCAGUCUGAUCCCACUCGAAGCAUAUAAGGAUACUGAAACACUUUUAUGUGUGCCUUUACUCCCAACCUUUUCCUAUUCCUUUUGGAUCCCAAGACUCGCAUUCGAGACGGUUUUGUGUAUCCUCGCUCUGAUCCGAGGAUUCCAGCUCCAGAAGGAUGAGAUUGGGGAUACCGAUUGGUCAGGUAACGAUCUUAUGAAGAUGUUAAUCAGAGA